ACCUUUUCUCCUACUAAUCACUUUUUCAAUCAAUCGCCAUCAUCGAUCGCUUCCGUCUCUCCUCUUCUCUCUCGCGCUUUAAAUUCACUCUCUUUCUCUCCUCAGUUCUCUCUCUCGCAAAAAUCACAUCUUUUUCGCUCUCUUUCCAGAAAAAUCACAUCUUUUUGCACUCUCUAGAAACAUGGAAUUUAACUACACCGAGGAGUCCUCCGUAGCUGCCGCAGAGUCAAGCAACAGCAAUCACGGAUGGCAAAAGGUUACUUACGCGAAAAAACAGCGGAAAGCUCCGGCGAGAAAGUCGGAGUCCGGAGAGAACGGAUCGGCAGUGCACUCGAACGACGGCGUCUUCAAUUCGCUGGAGAAGAAGUCGGAGGAGCGGCGCCGGAGAAUCGAGGCGGAGAGAGCGGCGGCGAUGGAGGAGGAUCGUCCGGUGAAGUCGGGGAGGGAGCGAUCGGAGGGAGACGAGAGUGAUGAUGAAAUUGGCGGUGGAGCGGUUGAGAACGGAGGCGUUGUGGAGGAGAAGAAAGAGAAGAAGAAAAAGAAGGAGAAGAAAGUUAAGGUUACGAUUGCGGAGGCGGCGAGUCGGAUUGAUGCGGAUGAUCUGGCUGCAUUUCUCGCUGAUGUGUCGGUCUCGUAUGAGGCAAAAGAAGAUAUUCAGUUGAUGAGAUUUGCGGAUUAUUUCGGCAGAGCCUUCGCUGCUGUGAGUGCGAAUCAGUUUCCAUGGACUAAGAUGUUCCGGGAAUCUGCCAUUGCCAAGAUAGCAGAUAUUCCGGUCUCUCAUAUACCAAAAGCUGUUUACAAGACAUCGGUUGAGUGGAUAAACCAACGAUCCAUUGAGGCUCUUAGUUCAUUUGUAUUAUGGUCUCUUGACAGUGUUCUUAGUGAAUUUGCUAGUCAGCAAACUGGUGGUAAAGGGUCCAAGAAAGCCACACAGCAGAUGUCUUCAAAAUCUCAGGUUGCCAUAUUUUCGGUACUUUCAAUGGUACUGCGAAGGAAGCCUGAUGUUAUGAUCAAUCUCUUACCAAAUUUGGAAGAAAAUUCAAAAUUUAAAGGACAAGAUAAGCUUCCACUCCUGGCAUGGAUAGUAGCUCAGGCCUGUCAAGGAGAUCUUGCUGUAGCUUUGUACGCUUGGGCACAUCUCAUCUUGCCCACAAUUGGGGGGAAAUCAGGUUCUAACCCACAGAAUAGGGACUUAGUUUUGCAGUUAGUAGAAAGAAUUCUUUCUGCCCCCAAAGCUCGUACUAUUUUAGUAAAUGGUGCAGUGAGGAAAGGGGAGCGCUUGAUGCCUCCUUCAGCACUUGAUUUACUGUUGCGAGCAACCUUCCCUCCGUCAUCAGCUCGAGUGAAGGCUACUGAAAGGUUUGAAUCCGUCUAUCCCGUCCUCAAGGAGGUGGCCCUUGCUGGAGUUCCUGGAAGCAAGGCAAUGAAACAAGUUACACAGCAGACACUGACAUUUGCUGUGAAAGCGGCAGGGGAAGGCAUCCCUGAGCUGUCUAGAGAAGCAACAGACAUCUUUAUCUGGUGCCUAACUCGACACCCUGAUUCUUAUAAGCAGUGGGACAAUAUCUAUUUGGAUAAUCUAGAAGCAAGUCUUUUGAUAUUGAAAAAGCUUACGGAGGAGUGGAGGCAGCUUUCAGAAAAUCAAUCAUCUCUGGAAGGUCUGGGGGAAACUCUCAAGAGUUUGAGGCACAAGAAUGAGAAAGCAUUAGCAGAUGGAGCUCAAGGUGCUCAUCAUUCCCUCUUGAAGGAUGCUGACAAAUAUUGUAAGUGGCUGAUCGGAAAGAUAUCCCGAGGAAAUGGUUGCAUGAAAAGUUUGGCCAUUGUCAUCAUCGCCCUUGGAGUGGGUACUGUUGUUAUGUCCCCCACCAUCGAGUCUUUGGAUUGGAAGCAACUUUCCGUCUUCUUCAACCAGCAAUCCUUCUUAACCUGGUAAAGAAGCAAAUUUGCAGCCCGGAGAUAUCCAGGACCUGCAACAUUGAUCCAUAAUGAUAUUGGCAGCAAACAGAACAAGUUCCCCUUCAAUAAAAAGUAUGAGAUGCUCUUGGGUAAAUUAUGAACCCUUCGAAUAUAGAAAUAGUUGAGAGAAUGAGUUGAGAGAAGAUAGACUUGGGUUUUAAUAUAUGAUGAAAAUAUUGUAAUGGUGGUUUAUGGCAUGUACUUUAGUACUUUUCGGAUACAUAGAUAUAUAAAAAUUCUGGAAUAUUUUGUUUUUUAUGCCUAUAUAUAAAAAUUCUGGAAUAUUUUGUUUUUUA